ACCUCAUUAAAAAAAUCUACGGUAUAUAUAACUGUCAAAACAUUGUAAAUUUUUACUAAAUUUGACAUUCUAAAAUAAAUGUUGUUCAAUAUUCCUUUUUAAAAUAUAUUUGGCUAAUGAUGUCUGACAAGAAUGACUGCGACCUCUCCGUGGUGUUGGGAGUGCUGGUGGUGUUCGCGCUGCCUCUGACGCUGCUGAUACCAGGGUUCUCGGUAUGGGAGGUGGUACCCAAGGUGCGCAUCACGCGGAUGCACAUCGUCAGCCAGGACCUGACUUGGUCACAGCUUAAUGCUGCUAUAGUCUCGUUGCUGGUGAUAUUCUUCUGCUGUUACCUUGAAAUUCGGAAACGAAAGUUAGACGAUAUGGUAGAAAAAGUGCUAACUGUAAGUCAAGCUACUGAGUCUACGAUGGACGUCGAGCGCGAGAGGCAGGCAGCCGCGGUGAAGGUCUGCGUGGAUCUGCUGGACGCUUCAGCCGAGCACUACGAGAACUUGGUGCUGCUGCGAGAUGAACUCCGGAAGAGGGAGAAACUGAAACAACAGUACCCACCAGCCAUCGAACCAAGCUCCGUCAUCAUGUAGCCAAACCACCGUCCAUACAUAAGCGAAACACGAGACAUUAGAAACACGAUUAGAACAAUUGGGAAUAUUUGAACAACAUAGUUUUUGUAUAAUUUUAACAAACAACGUGUUUCGCAGAGGUUUUAUUAUGCAAAAUAAAAAAAGGAAAUAAACCUAAAAUUAUAUCAAUGUGUGAUGUUGAUGUAAAGUUUGUUAUUGAAAUGUUUGUGACAACGUGAUACGUGUAACUAGCAUUUACGAAUAAACUAUUCGAGAAAAACUUAACACCGA